AUGGAGAUGUCUGCCCAGAGGCUGAUUUCUAACAGAACGUCUCAGCAAUCUACAUCUAAUUCUGAUUACACCUGGGAAUAUGAGUAUUAUGAGAUCGGACCAGUUUCCUUUGAAGGAUUGAAAGCUCAUAAGUAUUCCAUUGUGAUUGGAUUUUGGGUUGGUCUUGCAGUCUUUGUGAUUUUCAUGUUCUUUGUGCUGACCUUGCUGACCAAGACAGGAGCUCCUCACCAAGACAAUGCAGAGUCUUCUGAGAAGAGAUUCCGGAUGAACAGCUUUGUGUCAGACUUCGGAAAACCACUGGAGCCAGAUAAGUUGUUUUCUCGCCAGGGUACUGAGGAGUCCAGGUCUCUCUUUCACUGCUACAUCAAUGAAGUGGAACACUUGGAUAGGGCCAAGACUGGUCACCAGACCACAUCCCUUGACACCAGUGUACAGCUCCAGGAAGCCAUCGGAAGCAGCGGGAGAGCAGAGGAGGAACUGAACAGGCUUAUGAAGUUUGAUAUCCCCAACUUCGUGAACACAGACCAAAACUCCUUUGGGGAGGAUGAUCUUCUGAUUUCAGAACCACCUAUUGUUCUAGAAAAUAAGCCAGUGGUCCAGACUUCACACAAAGAUCUGGUUUAAGAAAUAGGGUCUCUGAAAUAUCAUGACCUUUGAAUAACUAGCAAGGAAUCUCCAUUCUCUA